CAGUCGUUCUUCGCAACUCUCUCAGCUAACAUGGCCUCAAAGCUCAUCAUUCUGUCGGUCGUCUUGGGGGCGGUAAGCGCCGGACUCGUGCCGCUGUCCUAUCACGCUCAGCCUCAGAUCAUCACCAAGGUCCUGCAGCCGGAGCCCUACGACGCGCAUCCUCAGUACAGCUUCGCCUACAACGUCCACGACCCGCAUACCGGAGACGUGAAGAGCCAACACGAGAGCCGCGACGGCGACCAGGUGCAAGGCAGCUACUCGCUCAUCGAGUCGGACGGCACCAAGCGCAUCGUCGAUUACACCGCCGACGCCCACCACGGAUUCAACGCCGUCGUCCGCAAGGAGCCCGCUCACUACGCCGUCGCUCACGCCGUGGCUCCCGCUCUUGCCUACCACUCGAGCCCGAUCGCCUACCACCAGACUGCCCUUCACCAGCAGCCUCAUCUCCAGAUCUCCUCUUCGUCGUCUUACUCCCACCACUACUAA